UCACCACAUGCCUGAGUGCCUAAUAGUAGCUCAAGUAGAGAGCUGAGGAGUGAGCAAGCUUAUAAACACUCUCAGUGCGGUACCAGGCGACUCUGCUCUGCUGCAUCCUUUACUCAAAAUGUCCUCGCACUGGAUACUCAUUAGCUUGGUGUGUGCAGCGGCAGCUCUUCAUUGUCCCACAGACUAUGCACAGCAUCCCGUUAUCCUCGUCUCCACGGACGGUUUUCGCGCAGAUUACUUGAACCGGGACUUGACGCCCACCUUGAAAAAACUGGCAGAAAGUGGAAUUCACGCUCCUUAUCUACAACCUUCCUACCCAACGCAGACGUUCCCUAACCACUACACCAUUGUCACGGGCCUGUAUCCAGAGUCCCACGGAAUCAUUUCCAACAAAUUUUACGACCCAGAGUUUCACGCCACCUUUUCUAUUGGCACUGAAGAGUCGAAGAAGGGGCGGUGGUGGGACGGUGAACCCAUUUGGAAUACCAUGACGCGUCAGGGCAAAAUCAGCGCCACCUUUUUCUGGCCGGGAUCUGAUGUACCCAUUGAUGACCAAUACCCAACCUACUGGAUAAAGUUCGAUGAGACGAUUCCCUUUGAGGAUCGUGUCGACAAGGUUUUGGAGUGGGUGUCCCUGCCCGAGGAGGAGCGUCCAGUCUGGAUUUCAUUGUAUUUCCAAGAGCCUGAUCACACCUCGCACAUGACAGGCCCGGACAGCUUACAGGUGAACGAGAAGCUGCAAUACGUGGACCAGAUGCUACAGCGUCUAGUGGACGGUCUGGAGAAAAGGGAACUGCUGCAAUGCGUCAACCUCAUCAUCCUGGCCGACCACGGGAUGGCUUCAUCAGUGGGUCUUUCUGAUCAUGUCAUAAAGCUAAAGGACUACAUCCCUGACAUAUAUGAUUCUGCCUACACAUUCACUGGGGCUUUCUCAAGAAUUGACCCCAAAAAUAAAAGCGAGGAGGUGGAGCAGGACAUAAUGAGUAAGUUGGCAUGCAAGCGGGAGGAGCUCAGAGUGUAUCUGCGAGAGGACCUGCCUACACGACUCCACUUUUCUAACAAUCGUCGCAUUGAGGACAUUGUGUUGGAUCUUGAUCCCGGCUAUGUAGCUACAGUGUCCUCCAGCUUCAGCAACCUGGGGAACCAUGGCUAUGAUUACUACAAUCACGAAAUGGAUGCUCUGUUUAUUGCUUUGGGGCCAGAUUUCCUGCAUAACAUGGAAAUAGAACCGUUCCACAAUAUUGAACUGUAUAAUCUGAUGUGUCAUCUGACUGGUGUGAAGCCUUCGCCCAACAAUGGUACACUGGGCUCCCUUUACCACAUCCUGGCUCAGCCUCCAGAGUACCCACAACUUCCAAAGGAGGAGAAGCCCCCUACAUUAGGAUUCCCUGAAGGAGACUUAGGUACCCUGUUGGGCAUGUCUGGCUGUGAGGGGGAUCUGGAAUUCCCAGAGGACUGGUUGGCUUCCCUUAACUUCACCUUUGAGCAACAGCAGGAACUAGAGGCCACUCAUGUUCCCUGGGGUGUUCCAUACUCUGGUUGCCUUCCUGCUAAUCUUACUCUCCUUCAUCACCCAGAUCAUGUGACAGGUUACUCUGAAGCCCUAAGAAUGCCUCUGUGGACCAGCUUCAGUGUGGAAAGUGGCCGACUGGGAACUGCAUUAGAGCAGUGGUGUAGUGAUGUGCGCCUUCAUGCGGACACCACCCCAACUUGUGCCUCGUAUGAUGUGCUGGAGCCUUUCAACAUCACCAUGUAUCCUCUCUUUGCCCCAAAAUACUCCAAGGACGCUUCGCUAGGCCGUCUGCCUUACUUGGUGAGCAAUGCUGUGCCUGUCUCCCUUUCACUGGCCAAGCAUUGGGAGCAGCUGAUGGAGCAACUGGUGCCGGCCUGGCUGGAGGUACUGGGGCCUCUUAAUCUGCUGGUGGGACCAGUGUUUGACAAUAAUGCUGACUCAUUCCCAGACAACUUCUUAGAUUUCAGCUCCCCAGAGGUUCCGUCUGACUUGUUUGCUGUCAUCACUUGGUGCACAGAGCCUGUGUCCUCCUUGAAGGCGUGUCCACAUGCAAAACUUGAUGCCAAUUCCUUCAUCUUUCUACAAAAGCAGUUAGUGACUAACUGCAUGGAUGCUGAGAAAUACACCCAUGAGUUCAGUGCAAAAGUCCACGAUGUUGAGGUAGUGACUGGACUCACCUUGUACCCAGAUAUUGGCGCCUUCAGCAGAACCAGUCUCAUCUUGCGCUCCCACUCGGACAUGUAAUAUGUCCUUUCCCACUGUUGAUGUGACCCAUUAUGCAAAAUAUAGGGACAGCUAUCUAAUGUUUGUUGCAGACAAUUCCAUGCCACUAAUCUUCAUAAAAUUAUUAUAAUUAAAUGAAAUAAUCUCAUUGUAAUUCAUGAAGCGUCAGCUGAAUAAAUGUGGUCAGAAAUUUAA